AGAGAGAGAGAGAGAGAGGAAGGAAGGGAGAAAGACAGAGUCGGUGUGUAUGAGCGGCUGUGCUGAAGCGAUGCUGCUUUGAACACACUGUACCUUUCAUCUAAACACUGCACUUCACACUGAACCUGCACUUCACGGACUCCAUCAGCUGUCCUACACUGUAAUGCUCUGACAGACUGUUUCUACAUCCAGCCUCAAGAUGAAUGUGAAUAGCUUAUUAAACAAAUGGACUCAGAUCCACAGGAUGUGUGAAGUGGACGUGUCGUCUGAACCGAGCAGUCCAACGCUGUACAGCGAGUCAGCAGAUGCGUAUUACCACGUGGACCGCUGGCAGAAGCUGCGCACAGCCGUGAGGAAACUCGAGUUCUGGGAGAACUUCAGCCAUGAACUUAUCGGGAGUGGCUUCUUCUCCAAAGUCUAUAAGGUGAUACACAACAACACGCACAAGGUGAUGGUGGUGAAGAUUUAUAAAAAUGACGUGGAUCAGGACAGCAUCGUCAGAGAAAUCAGCCUCUUACAGAAACUUUCUCACCCCAACAUAGUCAGGUAUCUUGGUAUCUGUGUGAAAGAAGACAAGCUGUAUCCCAUUCUAGAGUAUGUUAGCGGAGGCUGUCUGGAGGAACUGCUAGCUCGGAAAGAUGUUCCUCUGUGCUGGAGGGAAAAAGUAGACCUGGCCUCAGACAUCACCAGAGGAAUGAUCUACCUCCACUACAAGAACAUCUAUCACAGAGAUCUCAACUCCAAGAACUGUUUGAUAAGGGUGACAGCCCGAGGCAGAGAGGCUUUGGUCACAGACUUUGGUUUGGCCAGGGAAGUAGUCGAACUUCCUGCCAAAGACAGGAAGCUGUCACUAGUGGGUUCAGCCUUCUGGAUGGCACCAGAGAUGCUGCGUGGAGAACCUUACGACCGCAAGGUCGAUGUGUUCUCCUUUGGGAUAGUAUUGUGUGAAAUCUUGGCCAGAAUCCCAGCAGAUCCAGAAAUACUUCCAAGAACUCAGGACUACGGCUUGGACACCUCUGCAUUCAAGAUGAUGGCUACUGGAUGUCCACAGCGUGUACUCGACCUGGCAGCUAACUGCUGUUUGAUAGAGGCAUUCCGGAGGCCAUCGUUCACCGAGGUGCUGGAUGAGCUGUCGGAGAUCGCAGAGACGCUGGAGCCGCCUACACACACAGAGCUGAUGACUGGCUGAGCUUCAUCAUACACACCAGUCCUACAGAGAAUACUGCAUGCUUCUGUACAUACACCUGAGCGUCCGAGCAAAAUCUCUCACAGAAUCCAGCCAGACAGGCGGGAAAAGACAGAGCUGUGAGCCAGACUGGCAUUGUUAAUGAGGUGCACAAUAUUCUCAGAGUUCCACUGCUGACCUAAAAUCAGUUCCAUACAGUCAUGCAGAAAUAUCAGAGCUGCUGCUAAAUGGACUUACAUAUAUAUCACCAAAUUCAGAUUAUAUUUCAUGGACAGUAUGUUCUAAUUUGAUCUUUUCUUCAGUGUGUAAAAUUUUUCGAGCAUUAAUCAGUCACAGUUUUGGGACCUGCUGUUUUGCACAGGUUUCUACCUCUUAUUUUAUUAUAAUCCGGACCUGGAGGAUUACAGCCAGAAAUGAUGAUGAUGAUGAUGGUGGUGAUGAUGAUGAUAUUUCUCCAUCGAUUCAGGCGAAAGGGGGAAUCUAUUUGAUAUUUUUGUAAAUUUUUGUACAUAAAAAAAAAGUCAUGUAUAUACGUUAAGUAUUUUGGUACACAAUCCUCCAUACUGUAUUUGUAUUUUGCUUCUUGCCUUUUAUUAUAGUGUGCUUGUGUAAAAUAGUUCUUAUAUAAUACGAGAAGUUAUACAAACAUGACUUCCUACCUAGUGAGGUGUGCUUUUAGUGCAGGAAAUCUCCUGCUUCCUGAAAGGAAGACCAUUUAGACACACUUUCAUUCCCACCAGCGUUUGUGUUUUCUUACCCAGUAGGUCAAUCCAUGUUUGUUAGAAGAAUCAAGACUCAACAGGAUAAAAACUGUGCUAGAUUUUCCCUCUUGUUGUUUGUGUAGCACCUUAUUGAUCAUCUCAGCUCCCUAUUUUAUUUUUAUAAUGUAUUAAGUAUAUUCAUUUUUUUCUUGAAUGAGGAAGUCUUUGCUUUAUGAAUAUUGCACAAUAUUAAAUGUAUAAAUUAUAUACAGACAUGGCCAAAACUAUUGGCACCCUUCUGUUUUAUCCAGACAGUGAAAAGUGUUGAAAUUAAAAGAUCUUUUUGUCAUCUAUACAUGCAUAUUUGGUUUGCAGUGAUUUAAGAGGAACUGAAUUUUUACUUUUUUACUGUCUACAGUGUGGACGUUGCUAAAUGACCUGGAUAAUAUUACUUACAUAUAUUCAUAUUAAUUCAUUAUGUAUUUGUUAAGAUCCUGUUACAUAAAAUCCCUUGCUUACAAAGGUCCAUAUAAGCAACUACAAUGAAUAAAUGGUGAGAACAGUUACCCUUUAAUGCUUAACCAUUAGUGAUUAUUCCAUGUCUCUAAAUCAAAUUGAAGUGGUCAUGUUUGGUUUCAUAGUGCUGCUUCACAUUCCCACAUUUGACUAGCUAACCUUCAAACGUCAAACAAUUUUCAACAGUUUCAAGUCACACCAUUUGUCGUUGUCAGAAAUGGAUAAAAAAAAGUUAUCCUUUAAUAAAUUUACAAAUUGUAAUCAUUAGCAAAUUGCUACGGUAUAAGAGGAAUAAAGUGAAGUGACAUGACAUGUGGCCAAGUAUGAUGGCCCAUACUUGGAAUUUGUGCUCUGCAUUUAAUCCAUCCAAGUGCACACACACAGUAGUGAACACACACCUGGAGCAGUGGGCAGCUUUUCUUGCUGCAGCGCCCGGAGAGCAGUUUGGGGUUCGGUGCCUUGCUCGAGGGUCUCACCUCAGUUGUGGUAUUGAGGGUGGGAGAGAGCACUAGUCAUUCACUCCCCCCACCUACAAUCCCUGCCAGACCUGAGACUCAAACCCACAACCUUUGGGUUACAAGUCCA